AUGGCCUACAAGAAGGGGUGCUCGAAGGGCUCGAAGUGGGCCCUUGUCAGCAGUGCCUGUGUGGCUCUGGUGUUCGCCAUCGGGAUGAUCCUGUGCUUCUCGCUGCAGAAGGGCACCCUGCCAGGCUGUGAGCAGAAUGCGGCCUGCCGCUCCGACGGGGACAUGCUGGACUACCUGCUGAGCCUCGGUCACAUCAGCCAACGGGAUGGCCUGCUGGUCUCUUGGUACCAUGGUGCCAACAGCCAGGAGCAGAUGAGGGCUGCCCUCAGUAGUGACAUCACGGUUCUGGAGGCAGAUGUCAUGGUAGAAGGGCUCGGCACCGUCAACGAGACAGGGGUCCCCAUCAUGGCGCACCCCCCAGCCAUCUACAGUGACAAUACCCUAAAGCAGUGGCUGGAGGUCGUGCUGGCCUCUUCCCAGAAGGGCAUCAAACUAGACUUCAAGAGCAUCAAGGUCGUGGGCCCCUCCCUGGACCUCCUGCGGCAGCUGACAGAGGAGGGGAAAGUUCAGAGGCCUGUGUGGAUCAAUGCCGACAUCAUGAGGGGCCCCAACGUGCCCAUCCCAGUGGAGAUCAAUGCUACACGGUUCCUGACCUUGGUCCAGGAGAAGUAUCCUGAGGUAACCCUGUCUACAGGCUGGACCACCCUCUACGUGCCCCUCUUCCCAAACGGGACGUAUACCCGAGCCAUGAUAGAGGAGAUGCAGGGGCUGGUGGGAGGACUGCCACAGAAGAUCACCUUCCCUGUGCGGGCUGUCAUGGCGCGGGCUGCCUGGCCCCACUUCAGCUGGCUGCUGGGCCAAUCUGAGAGGUACAGCCUGACGCUAUGGCAGGGCGCCUCGGACCCCGUGUCAGUGGACGAUCUCCUCUACAUCCGGGACAACACCGCCACCCGCCAAGUCUACUAUGACCUCUUUGAGCCUCACAUGUCACAGUUCAAGCAGCUCGCCAUGAAUGCCUCACGGAAGCAAAGCUACUACACGGGAGGCAGCCUGAUCCCUCUUCUCCAGCUCCCUGGGAAUCAGGGUCUGAGUGUGGAGUGGCUGGAUCCUGACAUCCAGGGCAACGGAAGCACAGCAACAGUGCAACUCCCAGACAGAGAAGGCAUGAUCCUGCUGAACGUUGGCCUCCGGGAGCCUGUAGCUGGGGACCCCGUGCCCGUCGUACGUGCCCCAGAUGGCCGUGCCCUGACGCUGGAGUCCUGCCUGCUGCAGCUGGCCAUGCGCCCCGGACGCUGGGGCAUCCACGUGCAGAUAGCAGAGCCCACAGCCCUCCGGCCAUCCUUGGCCACGCUGGCCACACUCUCCGCCCUUGGCCACCUGCAAAGGCCUGUGUGGGUCGGGGCCACAAUCUCCCACGGGAGUUUUGUGGUCCCUGGCUACAUGACUGGCAGGGAGUUGCUUACAGCUGUGGACGAGGUUUUCCCCCAUGUGACAGUGGCACCAGGCUGGCCCAAGGAAGUGCUGGGCAGUGGCUACAAGGAACAGCUGCUCACAGACAUGCUAGAGCUGUGCCAGGGCCUCUGGCAGCCUGUGUCCUUCCAGCUGCAGGCUGAGCCGCUGAGCCAGAGCGCAGCUGGCGUCGUGGCCAGGCUGCUGGCAGCCUCCCCUCGGGCCACUGUCACACUGGAACACAGCCUUGGCCGGGGCAACUAUGCAGCUGUGCGGGCAGUGCUGCUGGCAGCCAGGGCCGUGGACAGGACCCGAGUCUACUACAGGCUACCCCAGAGUUACUACCAAGACUUGCUGGCAGAGGUUGGCAGAAACUGA